ACAUAGUUAGGUACCAAUUUCACUCGCAAUCAUAUAAUUUGGGUAAUAAUUAAAACGUAACAGUUAACACUUCUUUUUAAAUUUUUCAUUAAACAUUGAAAGUACAUACUGUAAGGUCCUUAUAAACAAUACCGUACCUUAGAGCUGUACUAGUAAUAAAUUGCUAAUCGCAAAAGUUUUAGUAGAUAAAAGAAAUUUCCAGUAAUAAAAGUUGCUCUGAUCUUGAACCCUGACCCAAUAGUUUGUCAUCAUGAAGAAAAAGGUGCUCUUGAUGGGGAAAAGUGGUUCUGGGAAGACGAGCAUGAGGUCCAUUAUAUUUGCCAACUAUAUAGCAAGAGACACAAGGCGACUAGGCGCUACAAUUGAUGUUGAACAUUCGCAUGUCAGAUUUCUUGGCAAUCUUGUUCUUAAUUUAUGGGACUGUGGAGGUCAGGAAGCCUUCAUGGAGAACUACUUUGCGUCACAGAGGGAUAAUAUCUUCAGAAAUGUUGAAGUCCUGAUAUAUGUAUUUGAUGUUGAGAGCAGGGAAAUGGAAAAGGAUAUGCACUACUACCAGUCAUGCUUAGAAGCUAUUCUACAGAACUCACCAGAAGCAAGAAUAUUCUGUCUAGUGCAUAAAAUGGACCUUGUGGCUGAGGAGCGACGGGAAGAGAUCUUCAAAACACGAGAAGAGGAUUUGAUAAGACUUUCUAAACCACUUGAAUGUACCUGUUUUAGGACUAGUAUAUGGGAUGAAACACUUUAUAAGGCAUGGUCAAGCAUAGUAUACAAAUUAAUACCCAAUGUUAAGGCACUAGAAUCUUCACUCAAGCAGUUCGCAGCAAUAGUAGAUGCUGAUGAGGUACUUUUAUUUGAACGGGCAACAUUUUUAGUAGUGUCACACUGUCAACGGCGACCGCACCGGGACGCGCAUCGUUUUGAAAAAGUCUCCAAUAUUGUAAAACAAUUUAAAUUAUCUUGCUCCAAGCUAGCAGCACAAUUUCAAAGCAUGGAAGUGCGAAACAGUGUAUUUGCGGCAUUCAUAGAUGGGUUCACGAGCAACACGUACGUCAUGGUCGAGAUGUCGGACCCUAAGAUACCGUCUGAAGCCACCCUCAUCAACAUUCGCAAUGCUAGAAAGCACUUUGAAAAACUUGAAAAGGUUUCAUCAAGUGCUCCCAGCCAGUACCAGUAAAAAAUAACAAAAAACAAGCUUAAUGCUUUACAAUAUCUCAAUCUCCUUGCCAAAGCGAGAAAAACAAACAUGUUUUUAAUUUGCACAGAUUAUAUACGUUAUUUUACUAUAGAUUGUAUAAACUGUGACAUUAGUAUUUUUUUGAAAGUAUAUAUAAGUUAAUAUAUAUAUAUGUAUAUUAUAAAACUAGCUAAUGCCCUACUUGUGUUGCGUUGUAAUUUUUUUUAAACAGUUGUCUGAUACGUCUUGCGCCCCGUUUAUCGUUGAUAGUACUAUGGCAGAAACGUUUACGAAACUGUACAAUAAGUUUCCAUGAAAACGAAUAAUAAUUAUUAUAGGAAUACAUACAGGACAAACAUGUUCUUUACAUUAAUCCUUCUAUAUAUACAUAUAUAGAUGAAAAUAUAUAAUUAUGUCUAAAUUAUUUACGUAAAUAGAUUUUUUUUCCCAGCAAAUAAGUAAAACUUAGGUUGAAUGCUAUUAAUUUAUGAAGGUUCCUUUUCCUUUAACUGAAUCCGAAGGAACCUUUACAUGAAUAUUAAAAAAUAAGGAAAUAAGAAUUUACAUAAUAUGUACAUGACACUUAUUUAUUAUUAUUAUUUAAAUGAUUCCUCAUGUUUUCUACUAUAAUAAAAAAUAUAUUAAAUGUAUAAAAAGGUCAUGUUUAAAAAGUUGCUACUGGUCAACAUCAAGGAAAUAUUUUUAAUUUAUAGUUACCAUAUCCACAAAAAAAAAUGUUUUAUGUCGAAACGUGUUUAUUAUUUAAAUCUUAAAUUAGUUUAAGAUAGAUAUAUAAGUUUAUAGGUUAUUUGUAAUGAUAAUAAUAAUUAAAUAGCUUAUGACCUAAAUCAAACACUUGCUCUAGACAGCUCCCCAUCAGACUAUCAAAGACAAAGUCAACUAAAUUAUUUCUUAAUUUCAAUCUGAUAUAAACUAUUUCAUUGCCUUACUGCUUAUAUAACAUUUAAAAAACACUUCAAUCUUUUUUUUCUAUUUUAAAUGUAAGUUUUGAUCUGUGAUGUAUAUGUUUUGUAGCUUAAGGUUGUCAGGACCUAGAAUAUAAUAUAAAUUAAACCAUUAGUAAAACCUCAUAUCAAACAUAUAAACAAUUGUUAAACUAAAUAACAAAGUUAUAAAAAGAUAUUUCAACUUGAAAUUUAAUUGUUUACUAUUAUUAUUCUUGAAUAAAACCUUAUUAGUGUUAAACAUUAAACAUUUUAAUUUAUAAGCUAUAUAUUGGUAAAAAUAUUGUUAUUCUACUUUGCAGUUACGAAAUUCAGCAUAUUA